CAGUUAUUGUUGUUCUGUUUGGUCGCUGUGACAACAGGAGCAGCCGGGAGCAGACGGCUCUAUAGCAGCAGCAGCAGCAGCAGGCAGGGCUGCCCUGACAGUUUAGGGUGGAACCGGGACCUGAUUACUUUCUAUCAUCCAUGAUGGAUCCUGACACAGUUCCUCCGUCUUUAUAUGGUUCUAUCUAUGGCCGUGGAAUAGACCUAAACCUCAGUCUGGAUAGUUUGGAGGACUCUGAUACCGACAGUUUAUCUGAGGAGAGAAAAUACCAGUCUGAGCUUCAGAACUGGAUAAGUAAUAAUGAGGAGACUGUCUUCCAGACCACUGAAGGGUCCAGCCAUGGCGACCCAAAGCUAGGAGAUACUGAGGUACAAGGCACAUCUCCCCCGGAUGAGAGGACAGCGCACUGGGAUAGCAGGUCCCAGGACACACCCAGUACUUACUCUGAAUUAAGGUAUGAUCCAAACUGGAGAAGACACCAGAUCCUACUAAAUACAUCUCCCCCGCAUGACGAGGAUCUGUUGGACGUGUCCUUCAGUUUCUCAGGUCGUCUGUCACCAGAUGAAAUUCUACUCAACAAGUCAGCAGAGAGGGAAGAACUUAUUACUGUUCCCCAGAAUCCGGAACCUCUCAGUGAUGUCCCCCCCAAACCCAAGAGGAACCCAGCUACCAUGAAGCCUGUCCACAGCAAAGGUGCCAGGAAUGAUGAGUGGCACCUCGACGUAAACAAGGCCAGAAGUUUGGCACAGCAAGAGGCAGCGCAGAACGACUUCAUAGAGAAAAACAAAGUUACUCUGGGGGUACGCUCCCAUAAAUCUCAUUCUUAUCUUCACAUGCACAGAAGGAAAGCGGAUGAGAGUAAAUCAGAUCAGGGCAGUGGAAAGUCCAACAGUGCAUCCCAGCCAGUGACGGAAAUGAAACACAAUGCGCACGAUAUUCCGGGAACUACAGAAGUAGGGUUUCCAAAUAACAAUGUAAAACAGACAGUAUCAAUAAGUACAAAUAUGGCGAAUACUUCUACGGGCACCGAUGUGACACAACAGGAGAGAACGGGUUUCUCAUCCGGACCGCCAGCCAAUGAAUGUCCGGCUGCUGCCACCUAUCCUCACAGACAUGUCUAUUCUCCAGGAGUACCGAAGGAUGUUUAUUUGUCAGCAGAGGAACCCCAGGUCCAGCGUAAGGCGUCACUGCACCCCCACAUAAUAUCACAGAGGUUAUACCAUGACCGGAAUACGAAUGAGAAGCUGGAAACUGUACGAGACACGUGGGACCAUUGUUCUUACUCAGGGUUAUCACAAACCGAUGUUCAGGCACUACAGGAGCCGAGUGUCCCGUCUUCAGUGAAAUGUAUCGCUGACCAUUACAUCUCCAUGCCAAACCAGAUUAUCCAGCCGAAAAAGACGCCUUACGAGGGGUAUGAUCUCCAAGCUGCGACCGACAGCUCCCUCUCCGAUAAAAGUGAGUGUGAUGGUGGACUCCGUCAUUCCGGGGUGAUUCAGAAUCAAAUGAUAAAGAAUACCCAAAUGGAUGAAAAACAUCAGAAGAUGUUAAUAGGUUAUUUGAAACAAGAGGUCAAAUUAGGAGGGAUUGGACCCACGUAUACAAUGAGCCAAGAGAAAAAAGAACAGCUCAGACAACAAAAGGAAUACGCGAAACUGAUUCAGGAGCGUAACAGGAGCCGACCAAUCAAGGCUCGGGAAAUGCCGGUUGUACAGAAUGAGAAGCAUCAAGGAAAGCGGCAAAAGAGCCUGGAAUAUGCCAAGAAGGUUCCGCGGCCGCAGCCUUCGCCUAAAGCGCCGGACGAAAUGAGAGCAGAGGUACCGGAGAGGCGAGCCAUGAGCCACGACUCCCUCUUCCCGCAGAUAAAACUACUGGAAGAGCUGCAGGCCAGACACGAGAAAGAGAAAGCGGCGGUGGCUUCUCUCAGAGCCCUUCAUAUCAAAUAGCUCCUAUAUAAUAUGUGCAUAAAGCCUUAUGAUAUAGGGUCACAUGACAGCCUGACGCGGCCCAGCUGCUGACAUCGGAGACUUUUACCAUGGAGAUCUGUCAGCAUGCCGGAGAUUUGUACAUCGGUGGUGACAUAUUAGCGGUAGCGUGUUUGAGACUCACCUACUGUAUCUUCUGCUCGGCCUACAAUCAGCGCAGCACUAUAUAGGAGGGCAGGGCAGCCACCAGGGGGGGGACUGAGGGGACUGGUGUCCAGAACCCAUGCAGAGAGGGGGGCCCACUUCUGGCUCCUACUGCCAUCUGUAGAGCUGCACCAGUCUGUGAGUCAACAGUAGUCUGAUGCGCAGGGAGAACUUCUUAAAACAAGCCAUAUCUGCGUAUCAGCUCUCUGUGAACCGUUCCUGUAGCUCUGCAACACUCCACCUAUAUGGGGUG